GUAGUUGAAUGUCAGUUUAACAGUCAAGCCCCCCCUCCCCAUCCAUCCAUCACGCACGCGCGCUCACGCACGUGGCGAGUCCAGGCUUCAUAAACAAGCCGCCGCCACUUGGCUGCUCAGUGCUCCCACUGAUCCCACAUCAGUGCAGCGGCUCCCGGAGGAAGAUGGCACUGGCCGACACAGAGCGCGGAGGGUCCAACUGCGGCGGAGACUCCUGCUCCCCGUUCUCGGAGAUCAUCGAGCUGAACGUCGGCGGACAGGUUUACGUGACCAGACACAAAACUCUCGUCGCCGUCCCGGACUCGCUGCUGUGGAGCAUGUUCAGCAAGAAGUCACCCAAGGAGUUGGCGAGGGACAGCAAGGGGCGCUUCUUCUUGGACAGGGACGGCUUCUUGUUCCGCUACAUCCUAGACUACCUCCGGGACCUGAACUUGGUGCUGCCGGACUACUUCCCCGAGAAGAGUCGACUGCAGAGGGAGGCGGACUUUUUCCAGCUGCGGGACCUCGCCAAACGCCUCAGCCCCCGCGUGAGUAAGGACAACUCCAUCAGCGAGGAGAUCAGCCAGAGCGACACGGAGGAAGGCGCGCUGCAGUGCGGCUCCUCCGGCGCUGUGGAGACUUUACGCACCAUGUCGGUCGGCGGGGCCGUGCGCUCCCCGUCUCUGGACUCCAGAAAGUCGGGCUACAUCACGGUGGGGUACCGCGGCUCGUACACCAUCGGCAGAGACAUCCAGACCGACGCCAAAUUCCGGAGAGUGGCGCGCAUCACGGUCUGCGGGAAGACGUCUCUCGCCAAAGAAGUGUUCGGAGACACGCUGAACGAGAGCAGAGACCCGGACAGGCCGCCGGAGAGAUACACGUCCCGGUACUAUCUCAAGUAUAAUUUUCUGGAGCAGGCUUUUGACAAGCUGACAGAGGCGGGCUUCCACAUGGUGGCCUGCAGCUCCACGGGCACCUGCGCCUACACCAGCAACGACCCCAACGAGGACAAAAUAUGGACAAGUUACACCGAGUACGUCUUCUGCCGGGAAUAACAAACAAGCCAAACACGACGCGUCGAUGUAAAUAGACAUUUCAUAAUCCAGAGGGGGAAUGUCUUUUAACAGUAAUUGCAUUUGCAGUGUUGAAGGGUUGCCAGUGGCCGGCAGUGACUGCAACAUGUUGACCCCGUUAUUCUAAGAAGUGUCUAAACGCCCCUGAACACAUUCUACACCAUCAUGUGAUGUUCAAACUGUGAAGAGCAUCAUCCAAAAGUACCACCUGCGGGGGGGAGACCCCCCCAAACAACGAGAUGCCAUCCCAUAGUGCAUGUCAGUGUUUCAGUCACAUCUGACUCAGUGCUGUGUGAGUGGAUCCGACAGGAGACAAGCAGCAACCAGUAUCCAGUGUCAUUGUGACUUCUAGGCUUCACAUGUUUGGGCCAGUUUUUUUUUUUUUUUUUUAGUAUUAUCUAUAAUAGGUCCUUAUGAGCAGUUUCUAUCACUGACAUGAUUGUAAGUGUAUGUGCUUGCUUGGUAGCAGUUGUGUUUGUUAAACCUGUUCCGAUGAAAUAAAGUCUCUCUAUUAUUCUCA